AUUUAGUAUACCGAAUCGGUUAAAAUUAAGACAAAGCGAAAUUUGAAUAAAUAUAAGAUUGGACUUCGGAUUCGAUAUCCACAAUAGAUACUGAUAUUCACGAUAGAUCGGAGGUUAAAAAAUAUGUAAAGUUUGUUUUUGUUGUAUAGCAGAGCAGAUUCAGAAAAGGCUUCCAGACAACUUGUCCAUAUUAAAAUUAAUUGCUGAUUUACAUUCAGAAGUUGAUACAUCUGAGUUAAAACUGAUAUGAAACCAAAAGACAUAAAAAUGUUUCUAUCGAUAAAGUUUCCACUUUAUGACUAAAAAUUUAAGAAUAUGUAUUGGAAAAUCGCCUUUGUAAUAAAAUCGUUAUAUUCGUUUUAAGUUAAAAAUACGGUUCGGUUCGCUAACGCCACAUUAUCGAGAGGUGAUUUCUUAGAGUGUAGAAAGCUUUGAUUACUAGAAUCUCAUCGAAACAAACUAAAAAUCUACGUAGGUCCAAAUUCGGAGUAAAUCUUAGCGCGUAGUAAACCAACAGAAUAUGCAGUGGAAUAAACAACAAGAGCAAUCGUUGUCAAAACGAAAUUGAUAAACAUUAAACAUAAUUAUAUGUAUAAAGUGAAAAACGUGUUCGCUUUCGGAUAGCUCAUUAGUUUUUAAUGUACUCAAGUUUUCCAAAAGACGCGUUCGUUAUUGCUCUCGCUCUCUAAAUUCGUUUAAUGUUUGUAUACGAUUUGUGUAUUGGAUAAGAAAACGCAACGCAGACUAGCUCGGAGUGAGCUUUUUCAUGGCAUAUUCUCUCAUCGUUAAUAUAAGCAGAGAGUCAACAUCGCGUCGGUAACGUUGAACGUCCAUCUUUAGCUAUUUUAAAGUACCACAAAUCUGCCAACGAAAUGAGUAACGAAUCAGCUGCUAUCGAGGUGACAUCGCUGCAUCGGCCAGAAAGAAAAAAUAGUGCAGACGUGUCGUCGUCAUCUUUGUUGUUGGUAAAAUCGCGUGACGUGGAAAACCGCUAUCGAAAUCCGAAUCACAAUUGUAACGAAAUUUGUGGUAAAAAUUGCACCUGCAGCAACGGCUAUCACAGCAAAACUACUGUUGCCCCAUCAACUACAGUGGCAAUCGCACAUUUAAAUAACAACAACGUUGAAGUACGCCUAGGCGCUGGGUGUACGGGGGAAUCAUCCAACGAGCACGCUUCGAAAACCAUCAAAAUGGAUCACAACAAACGCGUUUUAUAUCGUGUGGCAUUAGAUGUGUUCAUUCUACUCUGCGUGGGCUUCCCGAUCUUAUGCUUUUACUUGUGGGGCACUGCAUAUCAGCGUGGAUUUUUUUGUGACGACGAAUCGCUGAAACACCCUUUCAAACCCUCAACAAUUCGGAAUUGGAUGCUAUAUUUUAUAGGACUAGUCCUACCGAUUGGAUUGAUCCUUAUAGUUGAAAUUGUGAAGGUGAACAAUGCCAAGCCUUCAAACGAGGAUAUCAUUACACGACGUCAGUAUAUCUUCAUGGACUACGAAAUUCCUGUUUGGAUGGUGCAUUGCUAUAAAAGUAUUGGAGUUUUCGGAUUCGGAGCAGCAGUUUGUCAGCUAAUGACAGACAUUGCUAAAUACUCUAUAGGACGACUGAGACCACACUUUUUCGCCGUCUGCCAGCCUAUCAUAUCCGACGGCACCACUUGCGACGAUGCUAUUAAUGUGGGAAGGUAUAUUGAGGAUUUCACCUGUAGAGGUGAUGAUUCUUCAAAGCGCAUGCUGAAAGAAGUACGUCUCUCUUUCCCCAGUGGGCAUUCAAGCUUUACAUUCUACACAAUGGUUUAUACCGCGUUAUACUUACAAUCGCGCAUGAAUUGGCAUGGAUCGAAGCUGUUGCGACACUUUCUGCAAUUCCUUUUUAUUAUGAUCGCGUGGUAUACGGCCUUGAGUAGGGUAUCCGAUUACAAACACCAUUGGUCUGAUGUGCUGACUGGUUCCACAAUAGGGGCCGUCACUGCCGUCAUUGUGGCGAAAUACGUGUCUGAUUUGUUUCAGCGAAGAUCCUCUCAACAAUAUCUGCUACCUCAUACUUGUACAUCGCAGGACGCACAACCACAGACGGUAGCUAAUAACGGGCUUUAAUUUUGAAUAAAACAGUAUUUCGCCUUUUACCCACAAACGUGUUUUAAACAAUAUUAUUAAAUUAUGUGUGUAUGUGAUGCAAGUGAUGUAAGCGCCAAGUCUUAGUACUAUUUAUGUUAUCUAAUACGUUAUAAUAAGGAACAGCAAUAAAUUUAAGUGUACCAUAUACAUAUGUGAACAUAAGUAUGCUAAAUACAUAUGUAAUAAUGUGAAGUAGUACAUUUAAGAACUUGCGAUUAUAAGUAGGAGGUAUACGUGCUAAAAUACAUAUAUAUUAUGUAACGAUGCUUCAAUAAUGUAUAUGUACUAUACCUACAUAUGAACAACUACUAAAAUUACCAAUAAUGCUGCACGAAUCCCGAAUUCUCGAAGAACUCUGGGUUUUUCUCGAGUGAAGAAUUAGUUAAUGUGUGUCUUAAAAUAAUUUUACAAUAGCGAUCAGGUGUUGAAGUACAAAAGUAACUUUGUUAGAAUUUCGAAAUUUUAUUUAACAAUUAGAAAUAAAAAAAUAUAAGUAUUAAUAUAGUACUAAAA